CUCGACUCAUGGUCAUGGCUAGAUCUUCGCUACCCUCUCGCUAUAUCCAAGAACUUCUCUUUUCUCUUUGCUGACCGUUGACAACAACCAUGUCCUUCUACAACUACCGUUCUCCUUCGCUCUGACCUCUCACGCUUCCGCCUCGUCUGCUGUGUAUCCAAAAAUAGCUCCGGCGCAUUCUGUCCUGGCCUCGAUCUCAACAACACAACUUCCACCGGUUCCAGCUGAACGUCCUUUUCUCACACCAUAACCGACUCUACAUGAACAUCUCAAGCAUCCUCGAAUAAAGUCCCUCUAUAGGUCUCUGGCCCAAUAAUCCUUAAGCGCUCGCCGUCUUCGCCCUUUUACGCCUUCUCGCCUUUCUCUAAGCGACUCGAGCAUCCUUGUUAGCCGCCGAUUGAAUUCUCGUGCCUGCAAGCGCGCAUGCCGAAUUGAACUUCGUUUAUUUCUUUUCUCGAAUACUCUUUUCUUCCUCGUGGCCGUGGGCGGCCGGUCCUCUUUCACCCUUUCGAUAAUGGCCACCAUCACAGCCUCACCUCCUACCAUGUCACCGCCUUUGGGCGCAGCCACCACGAGUCCUCCCGCUCUUCCUCCUUUAAUAACAACUACACCUAUGUUGCGAAGGGCGAGUUCACAAAGACCGACAUCAUACGUCGAAAGGCGAAUGUCCUCAUUUUCCAACCAUUCCAAGGCCUCACAUCAGCCGCAAUCUAGACCAUCGUCACACGUUUUUCCUGCUUUCCAUUCGAGCCUUCCCUAUACCCUUGUACGAGAUUUUGCAUACUUAUCGACACAUCCCCUACACUACGGUCCGCCGCCGAACCAGUCGGGGCUAUCGACGCCAGUGAGCGAGUCACGGAGACUGUCAGAUCCCGCUGUUUCCACUUGGGAAGACGGAAGAGGGCACUGGUCAGCAACACCGCCUUGGAUGUCAGAGACGCCGCCUUCCUCAUGGAAUCGUGACAGACUACCCGCACUGGCGUUCAAAGACGAUGGGCCUCCAUACAGCGAAGACGAUGACAUCCAGUCACCCAUUGUCACCACGAGCAGACAUAAAAAGCACAAGUCCAACGAUCGAGGGAGGUCCCCAGGCGAUGCAGGGCCUCAUCGUGGAUAUUUGGUCGAUCCCACCCUUCCAGAUGAGGUGGACGGGCCGGGUGAGGCUGUAGAUACUUACGACAAUAAUGUGCUGCGAUUUCCGGGCCAGCCGCAGCCGCCGCAGCACCGAGAUUCAAACUUUGCCAAACCAUUGCAAAGAAAGCAAUCACCAAUUCGACUUCAAGAGCCCAUGUCCGAGGAUGACUUUUCCGAAGCUGAAGAUGACACGUGCUUUUCCAAAGAUUACUCAUUUACAAUCGCCAGCCCCGACGAAGAAAUGCACGGGAAAGCUGUCGCACUGUUUGAUUUUGAGAGCGAACACCAAAAUGAGCUGCCGCUGAAGGAAGGCCAGAUCAUUCUAGUAUCAUAUCGUCAUGGCCAAGGAUGGCUGGUCGCUGAAGAUCCUCGAACUGGGGAGAGUGGUCUCGUGCCUGAGGAGUUCGUGAGACUUGUGAGAGACAUUGAAGGUGGUUUGCACGGCUUGAACUCCGUGACAUUGGACGACACCGAAGAUGUGACGAGCCCUGUCUCAACAGACCCGAGCGCCAUGAACACACCAGUACCGAAUAACCAUAACUUUCCGACCGAAAAAGCGGCCGACAAAUCGACGAAUGGUGGUUCCGCAGGUGCAAAACAUCCUCCCAUCCAGUCCAACUUUAGCACCAGCAGUCGAGACUUCAGCCCAUAUCCUUUACCGGGAAAGAACGAAGAAAGUACUCCGACCCAGGCCACCCAAGCCGAAGCAUGAGGAAAUACCAGACACAAGCUGACCCGUGUGUCUCGGGGCUGGAAAGACACCUGCUCCACACUAGAAUAUUACCUCGAUGUAUUCUUUAAUGUCUUGUACGAUCAAUGACCGACACGGAAGAUAUCCCCUUGAGGACCAUGACACUUCUGAGGAGCAUUUACGAAGAUCCUGAAGGCCAUAGGGAUGCAGAUACUUCUUACAAUUACAAUAUUGUUGUCCCUGGCUUAUAUGGACAUCUGAAUAUUUUGUCCUUGUGGACUUUUGUUAGUGUGUUGUUCGAUCCAUUGUUCUGGCCUGGCAGUCUCCCCGAGUUUUAUCAAUCUCCCUCUCGUCCAUCACUUGUGUUUCAAUCACCCUCGUACCAAACGAUUACCUUGCCU